UUUCUGACUAGGCCCAAGCCUGGCGCGAUCUCCAGUUCCUGCUCUGUGGGACGGAGCAGCCUGUCUCCCGGAGGAGGCGGAGACCCACGUGGGCCUAGAGAAAUCUAGCUGAGAGAAGCGUGGCUGGCAAAGUGGCUGCAAUGCAGCCUGAACGUGGCAGCCAGACCCGAAAGGAAGGCAGCCGGCAAAAUCGGAGGCGGCCGAGCGGUAGAGAAAGAGAGAGGGAAAAUGCUGAAGGCAGUAUCGAAGACGGUCACAACCGAGGAGGCUGGAGCCGGGGAAGAGGCGGGGGAAGAGGAAGAGGAGGGGGGCAUGGCAGGCGAGACGUUCGGGGCAGAGGAGCCGCUGUCGUGUUUCCCUCCGCUCCUGAGGGUUAUGAAUCGGCUUCUGCUGAUCUUGAAUUACGAGAAGAGGAAAAAGAAGAACAGAGAAGUUUUUCAAGAAGAAAGGUAGUUUCCAACUGGCACCGUUAUGAAGAUACUGAGAAAGAAACACAAAAUGAGAACGGUGAAUCACAGCGUGGGACAGACUUCAGUGUUUUGCUUAGCUCAGCAGGGGAUUCCUUUACCCAGUUUCGAUUUGCUGAAGAAAAGGAGUGGAUUGCAGAAAACCUUUGCCCAAAGCAGUUGACUGGAUUGUAUGUUGAUUGCCAGUCCUUGGUCCAGGCACUUGAAGAGUUGCCUCUGCAUCUCAAACUGAAUGUGGCUGCGGAGUUGAUGCAGGAUGCAACACCUGUUGCACUCCCCCAGAUUAAAUUGAAAAGCAGUGAUGCUCCCAAGAGAAGUGGUGUUCUAUUACAGCAACCCAUCAGGCAAAGUAGAGUUGCAUCAAGCUUGUACCCUUCUGCAGACUCUCCUGCCCACCUGAUGCUGCCUAAUAAAGAUGGACUUGGAAUUUCUUCAGAGGCCCCCCAGACAAGUCCUUCAAUUUCAAUCCAAGAGGAUCACUUGGAUGCUGACCUUGAUCUACUCCUGAAGUUGGAUGCCCCUAUUAAUCCUGAAAAUUAUGAACUGGAAACCAUAUCCAAUGCUACAGCAUCUGGGGAUGAUUUCAAAAUGCCACAAAGAGUAAAUGAUCUCUUAGAAUUGGAUGGAACUGAAGAAGUUCGCUCAGCAUCUCAACCGCAGGAGGUUACAUCCAAAAAUAUUACUGAGGAAGACCUUGAAGACUGGUUAGACAGCAUGAUUGCCUAAGGCCCACAUUUUGGUUGGCAUGCAAGUAACUGAAAAAUUAACAUGAUGGUACCUAGGUAUAAAAUAAGUGUUUACAAAUAUUUAAUUAAGUAGUAUCUUCAACUCGAUUUUUAAUUGUUACUUUCCUAACUUUUGUUGUUUCAAAGUGCCAAUACAAACAAUCUGGACACCUUGCAGAGAAUUCUGUGCAACAGACUGCCUAAAGAAAUGUGACAUUUUCAUGAAAUGCUUGUAAAUUUAAAAAGUUGCAGAGGUGGCUUGAAACUAAUACAACUAAUAACAAUUUCAGGUAGUGUUGUGCAAUAGCUUAUUGCUCACAGCUGCAAAAUAAAAGAGCGCUAGUGAAUGGAACUAUGUGUUAUGCAGUUUGUAAACUAUGUAGUUUGGUGUGACUUUAGGUUGGUUGAUAACAAGCAUAUAUAAAAUAUGACAAAAUAAAAGUUUGUUUUGUAA